AACAGUUGUUACAGUUGUGCUAUUGGUAUCUCAUUCCGUCAUAGCUUUGCCGAAUGUGCGGAGCGAGAGAGAAACAUUGAUACAAGUAAAUAUUACCAUUACGAUGACUUGACAAACUUUCUUCACAAUAUGGUGAACCAAAACCCAACUAUUUCUAAACUUCAUGCAGUUGGACAAAGUGUUCAAAACCGGACUCUUUGGGCAAUACAGAUCUCCGAUAAGAUCAACGAAACAGAAGUGGGAGAACCAAUGUUCAAAUAUGUUGGAAAUAUGCACGGAAAUGAAGUGAUAAGUAAGCAGGUUUUGAUAUAUCUCAUACAGUAUCUUUUGGAGCAGUAUGGACAAGAUUCAAGAGUUACACAUAUUGUUGACAGCACGAAUAUAUUCAUCAUGCCGACAAUGAACCCUGAUGGCUUUGAGAACGCCGUUGACGGACAGUGUACAGGUGUUGUUGGAAGACCAAAUGCCAAUAGCGUGGAUCUUAAUAGGAAUUUUCCAGAUCAGUUUCUGAGUCAGCCAGAAAAACCUAUGCAGCCAGAAACUCUCACAAUGAUCAACUGGAUUGAAUCCAACCCAUUCGUCUUAUCAGCCAACUUGCAUGGUGGCAGUGUUGUAGCUAGCUACCCAUUUGAUGACUCCAGACUUCACCGACAAGCAGGAAAAUACAGUAAAGCAGCCGAUGACAGUGUAUUCAGGCUCCUAGCUCACACUUAUGCUGAUAACCAUUUGCACAUGCACGAAGGCAAUAUUUGUGAUGGUGACAACUUUGUUGCUGAGAGAGGGAUAACUAAUGGUGCUGAAUGGUAUGAUGUCCCAGGUGGUAUGCAGGACUACAACUACCUCCACAGCAACUGCUUCGAGAUCACCCUGGAGUUGUCCUGCUGCAAAUACCCCCCAGCCUCGGCUCUCCCCACAGAGUGGGAAAACAACAAACUGGCUUUGCUGGCCUACAUGGAAAUGGUCCAUAUCGGCAUCCACGGCUUUGUGAAGGACAGCAAAACUGGUGACGGAAUCCAAGAUGCCGUGGUGAUGGUAGAGGACAUCAAGCACAACAUCACGUCGGUGGAUGGCGGGGCCUACUGGAGACUGCUGAGUCCAGGCAACCAUACUGUCACCGUACAUGCUGACGGGUACGAGGCGCUGACACUCUCGGUGGAGGUACCUGAAGGUCCUGGUAUAACACAGGACUUCCGGCUGAACAAGCCACAAGAAAGCUUGACCCCCCCAAGUUCUCCACCCUCGCAACCAACAGAGGAUCCCCUGGACAAGCUGAAUGAGUUUGUGAGCCGCUUCCAGGUGGCCGAGCACCGGGAGAAGAUGUCGUUCAGGGAGCCACAACAGUUUGUCCACCAUCAUUAUGAUAAACUCACAAAUUUCCUCUAUGACCUGGCUGAGAAAUACCCAAACAUCACUCACUUGUAUUCUGUUGGAAAGACGGUCCAGAACAGGGACCUGUGGGUGAUGGAAGUCAGCGACAACCCAGGCAGACAUGAACCAGGAGAACCUGAGUUCAAGUACAUUGGUAACAUGCAUGGUAACGAAGUGGUUGGUCGGGAACUGCUGCUGCAGCUACUGGAACUACUGUGCAGUAACUAUGGUAACAAUGAUUUCAUCACAUUGAUGGUUGAUCUGACCCGGAUACACAUCAUGCCAACCAUGAACCCCGACGGCUAUGAGAUAGCUGUUGAAGGUGAUGUACAAGGAGUGCGAGGCCGACCCAACAGCCACAACAUGGACCUGAACAGGAACUUUCCUGACCAGUACAAGACAUUAUAUACCAAUGCAGAGCAGGAGCCUGAGACAAAGGCUGUAAUGAAGUGGGUCCAGUCCCUCCCAUUUGUUCUGUCUGCCAACCUCCAUGGUGGGUCCCUGGUGGCCAACUACCCCUAUGAUGACUUCGCUCCUAAUGGUCACGCUGUGUACAGCCGAUGUCCCGAUGACCAGACCUUCCAACUGUUGUCUGAAGCCUACUCUUUUGCUCACUCUCAGAUGCACCUUGGACACCCAUGCCCUGCCAUCAGUAACGAGUACUUCAAGGACGGAAUUGUCAAUGGCUCUAAGUGGUACAGUGUUGCAGGCGGGAUGCAGGACUGGAACUACCUCCACACCAACUGUUUUGAGAUCACCCUUGAGCUGGGAUGUACAAAGUACCCCAUGGAGUCUGAGCUGCCAAAGUACUGGGCCACCAACAAGUUCCCCCUGCUGGUCUACAUGGGACAGGUUCACAAGGGUGUGAGAGGUUUUGUUCUGGAGGAAGACAGCCAGCAUGGUGUGGCCAACGCUUCCAUCCAGGUGAAGGGCAUCAACCACACCAUCAUCUCGGCCCAGGCCGGCGACUACUGGAGACUCCUAGCCCCUGGGCAGUACAUCAUCACCGCCAGCAAACAGGGCUACCACCCCCAGUCAGUCACAGUUCGGGUGACAGAUGGCACUGCUGUAGUUGUUAAUUUCACGCUGAAGCUCGCAGACGGGCAGCGUUGGUCACAGUCUUUUGACUUUGACAUCGCUGAGAACUUAGAGGGUAUGUCCUACCUGACAACACAUGGUAUCCAGGAUGAGGUGAACCAGCUGGCCCGACUGAACCCAGCGUUUGUGACUGCCGACACGCUGCACAUGAACCGCAAGGGGAAGUCCGUGACGGCCCUUCACAUGUCUUCAGACAUGGACCAGCAUGAAGAGAACAAAGCCCAUGUACUGUUGCUAGGCGGACUGAAUGGAGACGACCCUGUCAGCACGGAGCUGCUCAUGAGGCUUGCCAGACAUCUGAUUAAAGGCUACAACCAGAAACACCCCCACUGUGUGAAGCUGAUAGAACACAGUCACAUCCAUAUCAUCCCACACGUCAACAUUGAAGGUGCCAGCAAGGCUGUUCCUGGUGACUGUGGAGGUGAACACUACUCGGGACAACGAUUUGCUGAUCUUGUCAAAAACAAUGACACAGUCGUUGCUGCCCUGAAGAGUCAGUUUGACGUGCACCAGUUUGAGUUUGUGCUGGCCCUGGAGGGAGGAGGGAUGUACAUGGUCAUCCCGCGCAGCUCUGAGGUGAUGGGUGAGUCAGGGAUAUACACAGCCUUGACAGAGGACGACCCAGUGCUGCAGAUGCUAGCCCACACCUACGCCGCAGCCAACACCGCCAUGUACGAGUCGGGAACCUGUGGGGGGGCGGUCCUGGAGGGGGUGAAGCAUGGAGCUGACAUCAACCCUGAUGGCAAGGCAGCACCCCUGAUGGACUGGGCUUAUGAUCAACACCACACUUUCAUGGUCAGUAGAGGAAUGUCUGCAGGCGCUUGUUGUACGCCUACAUCAGCUGUUGUAAAUACCCCCCCUCCAGACAUGCUGCCCAGUCUAUGGAUGUCCAACCUCAACCCACUGAUGAACACUCUUCUUAAAACACUGCAGGGUGUCCAGGGGCAAGUGGCCGACAUCAGUAGCAGCCCCAUCAAGGAGGCCAUCAUCAAGCUGGACAACAGAGAGUUCACCGCCUCCGAGGAUGGCACAUUCUUCUUCCUCCUUAAUGAAGGCUUCCACACCAUUGAAGCAGAUACACCAGGUAAUGCAUGCACUGACACCAUUGAAGCAGAUAUACCAGGUAAUGCAUGCACUGCCACCAUUGAAGCAGAUACAUCAGGUAAUGCAUGCACUGACACCACUGAAGCAGAUACACCAGGUGAUGCAUGCACUGACACCACUGAAGCAGAUACACCAGGUGAUGCAUGCACUGCCACCAUUGAAGCAGAUACACUAGGUAAUGCAUGCACUGACACCAUUGAAGCAGAUACACCAGGUAAUGCAUGCACUUACACUAUUGAAGCAGAUACACCAGGUGAUGCAUGCACUGCCACCAUUGAAGCAGAUACACCAGGUUACGAGUCCCUCAACAAGAAGUUCCUCGUGGAGAGUGAUGUGACAAGCGAGGUGAACUUGAUGUUGACGCCUGAAGCAGACUCACUGGAAUACCAUGAUUACCAGCAAACCAAGGACAUGCUGCAGGGGCUCACCAAUACAUGCAAGGGCAUAGUAAAGAUACACAGUAUUGGAACCAGCAGCCUGAAGCGAGACCUCCUCAUGGCCGAUUUCCACAAGCCAGGGAAGAACAGCACCCCAGGGGUUUUGUUUGUGGGCAAUAUCCAUGGCAACGAGGCAGUUGGCAGGGAGCUGCUGUUGCUGCUGGCUGAUGACAUCUGCCGAAAUUAUGGGAAGGAUUCUUACAUAACUGAUCUUGUAGACAACACCCGUCUGUAUCUCCUGCCGUCCCUCAACCCUGAUGGAAUGGCGUUGUCAAAAGAGGGUUGUGAGUCCACACAAGGACACAAGAAUGGGAGGGAGAUUGACCUGGACAUGGCUUUCCCAGGUAUUGAGGCCGACUUGAGGCAGAUCCUGGAGCCAGAGGUGGCAUCUCUCACCCAAUGGAUGGCUGGCACGGAUCUGUCUACUGCCAUCAGCCUACAGAAUGGAGACCUGGUUGUUACAUAUCCUCACAGGAGAACAGCCCUGACUAUGAAGGCAGAUGAGGCCACCCUGAAGAAACUUGCCUCUGCCUACGUAAGCAACCACCCCCAGCUGAAGUCCGGGGCAGCCGGCUGUGACAACACCACAGGUAAAUACCCUGGAGGAAUGGUCAGUGCCUUCAAACAACACAACCACUCUGGGAGUUUGAUGGACUACAUCUACGACAGCCAGCACAUCCCCACCAUCACCGUCUACACCGGCUGCUGUGUCUACCCACCGUCCUCCUUGCUCAUUGACCUCUGGCACGCCAACAAGAAGUCCCUGCUUGCUGUCAUACAGGAGUCCCACUACGGGGUGUCAGGCGUGGUGGUCAAUAAGCCCGGUACUGGUAUGUCUGGUGUCGUCAUAUACGUGAAGGACUCAGGAACAUUCCAGACACUGGCUGACCCUCACGGUUACUUCCACAUGUACCUCGCCCCAGGCAAAUACUCUCUGAAGACCUUCAGUCCAGAAUUCCCGCAACACACCAUGAGUGUCACAGUGGGAGCUGAUUCAGAUCAAGGAAAAGAAGUUAGAAUUGUCAUGUCAAAAACAACAUCAAAGACACUUCUGGUUGUUGCAGCAGGUGUUAUCAGUUUCGUGGUCAUCAUCGCCAUCACAGCCAUCAUCUGCUUGAAGACCGGGAAGAACAAGAAGUAUGACAACAUUGGCUUCCAUCGCCUCAACGGGGAAGCUGAGGAUGAAGAUGAGAUCGAAUUUUUUCAGCAGAAGAAUAAAUAUAAUACAAAGGAAUAUCACGACUACAGCUCAGAUGAUGAACACGAUCUUUAUGAUGGACGAUUAUUGAGACGAUAGUCACAUUUCAUCAAUUAUACUCAAAAGUAACAUGUUAGAGAUAUGUUACCAAAAACCUCGGGGGUUAUACUGUAAGUCAUGAAAUUAAUGCAUGUUGGUCAUGAGAUAAUUGAGACUGCUUGCUUGCUUUGUUAAGGUGAGCCUUUUUUACCUGAAUGUUGAUAAUGCUAUUGCCAUGUGAGGUGAACUGCACAAGCUGGGAAUCAGCAUUGUUAGGCUGUAAAUUAAAUAUGAUUUAUCAAUAGACAAUUAAGUGAAGCACUGGACACAGCGUUUCUCAGUUCUAGUUUGGGCGGUAGGGUAGCCUGGAAGUGAAAGCAUUCCCCCUAAAACACUGAAGGCCCAGGGUAUAUUCCCCACAUGGAUAUAUUGUGAAGCCCAUACUGGUGCCCCACACCAUGAUAUUGCUGAAAUAUUGCUAAAAGCAGUGUCAAACCAUGUCCUGCUACAGCACAUGAUCAUGAUUUUGAGAUUAAACGUGUGCUUUAAACAACAGCACAUGUAGUGAUGUGUAAUAUAUACUGAACAUUGCUGCUAUUCCACACUCUAAAGAUACCACCAACACUUCUUCAUUGUUUGACAAAGUUGGUCUCAUCUUAAGUGCUUCAGCUGGCAAUUUCUGUUGUUCACAUCAGGGAACAAAUAAAGUUCCUUUUUAAUCAGAUAGUGUUUUCUAAUUUCAGAGCUACCACCUUUAUCUGAUGAAAAACUUUAAACUUGGGGUGAAGCAUAAAUUUGAUGCCAUGAGUUUCAUGAUUUGCAGUAUGUUGCUGACAACGGAGGGGGGUAGUUGAAGCUGUGUUGACAGUCUCCCCAUUGUUACAAGCACAAGCCAGUAUGUUGGAUCCAUGCUGGGUGUUCUGUGUAAUCAGCUUCCAUCCUGUGAUCAGAUUGUUUGAGGCUGCACACAGAUACAUAUGACGAUACAAUGUGUAACUGAUUACGGUCUUACUGACUGUUUACUAUCUCUACCAGUCGGUGGGGCAAUGGGGCACUGUAUUGUUUGCCCCUCAUGCCAAAAACCUGGUCGAUUCCCCACCUGGGUACAUUGUAUGAAGCCCAUAUGUGGUGUCUAUGAUAUUGGUAAAAGCAGUGUGAUUGAGGCAUUUACCAUGUCAUGUCAGAGGUCAUGUUCCACAUCAUGUUGGUAUUCAUGUACCAUGUCAUGUCGUUGGUCAUGUACCAUGUCAUGUUGUUGGGCAUGUACCAUGUCAUGUUGUUGGGCAUGUACCAUGUCAUGUUGUUGGGCAUGUCAUGUCGGUGGUCAUGUACCAUGUCAUGUCGGUGAUCAUGUAACAUGUCAUGUUGUUGGGCAUGUACCAUGUCAUGUUGUUGGGCAUGUACCAUGUCAUGUUGUUGGGCAUGUCAUGUCGGUGGUCAUGUACCAUGUCAUGUCGGUGAUCAUGUAACAUAUCAUGUUGGUGUCAUGUACCAUGUCAUGUUGGGCAUGUACCAUGUCAUGUCGGUGGUCAUGUACCAUGUCAUGUCGGUGGUCAUGUAACAUGUCAUGUUGGCGUCAUGUACCAUGUCAUGUCGAUGGUUAUGUAACAUGUCAUGUCGGUGGUCAUGUACCAUGUCAUGUCGUUGGUCAUGUACCAUUUCAUGUCGUUGGUCAUGUACCAUGUUAUGUCGUUGGUCAUGUACCAUGUCAUGUUGGUGGUCAUGUAACAUGUCAUGUUGGUGGGCAUGUACCAUGUCAUAUUGUGGGGCAUGUACCAUGUCAUGUUGCUUUCAUGUACCACGUCUUGUCGAUGGUAAUGUACCAUGUCAUGUUGUUGGGCAUGUACCAUGUCAUGUCGGUGGUCAUGUACCAUGUCAUGUUGGUGGUCAUGUAACAUGUCAUGUCGGUGGUCAUGUUCAAUGUCAUGUCGCUUGUAAUGCUGUACAUCAUGUUAAUGGUCAUAUGCAAUGUCAUGUCAGUCAUCUUCCAUGUCAAGUUGGUGGUCAUGGCAGCUACAAGCUACUCACAUUAACAUGGACGAUGAACAAAGGGACAUAUUCUCUGUGUACAGCCUCAAAAGUCUGGCUCCAAUAUUGCAUAAGAAGUGUACAUAGUUUAUUUUGUGAUAGUUUUGCAUGAGUCAAGUGAGGUGAUGGAUAUGAAGAUGUGUGUCCAAUGUAAUGUAUUUUGUCGGGGAAUGCAGGGUGGAACAUAUCCAAAUGAAACAGAUUAGUAUAUUUUGGUUUUUUCCUAAUUUGAAGUCAGCAGUGAUAGACAGUGGUAUACUGGUGGAGACUUGUGGAGGAGCUCCAGCUGGCUGGGUACAGUAGGGCUGAUGUUGGUAUCAGGGAUUACUUAAACAGAUAUUUGUUGUUGUAAGACAUGCCUUGCACAACACAGUUUAUAGUAAACCUGAAAUAUCAGUUGUUUAGAAUCUCCAUGGACUAACCCAUGUUUCAGUGGAUGAAACAGACCCAGAAGGAAGGCAUAUCCAUGUGUAUAAAACCAGUGUAUGAAACAAGCCAAAAAACCCUGCCACACAUCAGGGUUGGGAACUUCAAAAUGGUACCAGCCCAAAAUAAAUUUAACCAGACCAGACAAUCCAAAGAAAAUAACUCAAUUUUUAGUUACCAUGAAUAAUGUAAUGAACCUGAGAGAUGUAUUUACUGCAGAACACGAUAGGUACAUCGAUAUGUGUUGCUCGUUUAGCGGUAAUAUAUGUCAACGCAGUGCUUUGACAUUGCGAUACAAUAGUUCAAAGGUCAAACAAUAAUGUCAAGUCUAAUUUUAACGCUCAAUUUGAAAAAUAGAUUUUCAGAUAUGGUGAAUUUACUCAGAUGUAUGGAACAUGUUAUCUAUAUUUUUACCAGACCAUCGGGAUGGCUAGCUGUGAAUUUACACCGUCCGUCAGAAAUCUAGCCUGUGUCAGGCAGUCAGACAGGCCUUAUUUCAUACACUGAUAUAACCUGCCCUACAGUGAGAUGCAGAUAUAUUUAUGGGGUUUAUAUGGUCUGGCAAACUUUAUUCAAUGUAUGUAUAUAUAUUUAGUAACAUGUAUCAAUAUGUUUCCAGUGUUUGUAGUCGAUGUUCAUAGAGUAACUAUUUUGGUUGAGGGUGUAUGGGUAAGCAUGCCUCACAGAUUUAGCCAGGAGAUUUGCCUUACUGUAGUCAAUAGGUGAUCCACUGGAGUACAACAGUGGUUCUCUCCAGUUGUGCCAGGUUGUUGGUGAAGAAAUACUUAGACGUGCAUCACACUAAUGUUAAAUGGCUUCAGAUGGGCAUUUUUUCACUGAUGUCUCAACCCCAAACCCAAACAUUCCGAUUGGUCAGUCAUCAAUUAUGCGAAGGCUUCCAGAAGUUUACACAUCUAGCUCAGCCUGUAUGAUAUGCCUCAUGUAAACUAUUCCUACAUAUGUCGUUUUUACCCGUUUGACUUCAUGUUAACAGCUUUUCUCCUGAAAUGUUUUGUUAGCUUUGUUUGCAGCCAUGUUGGCACCAGGAUGCUACACGUUGCUGACUUGUCCAUUCCUGGUCCAUUCCUGGUCCAAUAGUUCUGUGUUUUACUGUAAAUGCCACAUUAUACACAGUGCAUCAUUUGUAAAAUAAAAGCUGGAAUUCAUCU